AUGUUCUUGGUCAAGAUGUUUCAGGGCGAGGAGGAGGAGGAAGGGGAAGGGGCGAGCGCCAGCCUCGGGCCAGUACUGCUGGAGGGAGGCGGCCCCCACCUUGGACGGAGGGUCCAUUUUCUGCUGCCCCACACUAUCAUCCAGGAGCCCCCGCCCCAGCUUCAGGAGCGACCCUUUUACCAGCGGCUGGAGCGCUUGCUGGGAGGAGAAAGAGGCGGCUUUGCAGCGCUCUUUGCGGCUGACGGCUGGGAGGACCUCCGAGAGGACAAGUCGCUACGGAAGUGGCUGGUGAAGAGCAGUCCAGAGGGAGGCAGCUGGCCACAACUGGGCCAAGAGGUUACUGUGAAGAUGCUGGGAAUCCUGGAGGACCACAGCCUGGUGGAAAAGGACCCAAAGCUCACCUUUGUCCUCGGCCAGGGGGAGGCAAUACAGGCUUUGGACCUUGGUGUCCUCUCCAUGCAGCUUGGUGAAAUAGCCCUUUUCCUCGCUGGCCCUGCUUGUGCCUACGGUCACCUGGGCAGAGAGCCAGAUAUUCCCAAAGAUGCCACGCUGCUGUACGAGGUGACUCUGCUGCAUGUGCAGGACAGCCCGGACCUGUCGCUGUUGCCCACCAUGGAGCGCCUCAGCCUGGGCAACCAGAAGCGGGAGUGGGGCAACUUCCACUUUGAGCGGGGGGAGUACCAGCAGGCCUUGCACUCCUACCAGCAGGCUUUGCAUGUCCUCUCCUUGCCGGGGACAGACUGCCUGAGCCAGGAGGAGGAAGAGGAGCUGCAUGACCAUCGAGUCAAAUGCCUCAACAACUGUGCAGCCGCCCAGCUGAAGCUGAGGCUUUUGGAUGAAGCCCUGGCAUCCUGCAAUGAAGUUAUACAGCUUGACCCAGAGAACAUCAAGGCACUUUACAGGAAAGGGAAGUUGUUGUCAGAGCGGGGAGAGGACCAGGCAGCCACUGCCGUUCUGAAGAAAGCCCUGCAGCUGGAGCCAACUACCAAGGCCAUCCAUGCUGAGCUCUCCAAACUAGCAAGGAGGCAGAGGGGGCUGCUGGCAUGCCCUGGCCCAGGAGGGGCCACUCCGGAAGACAUGGCAACACCCACCAUUGCUCACAGUGCUCAGACAGAUGCUCCUGCUCCCCAGCCAAGCUGAAUGGCUGCUUCUUUUCGUGGGUUGACCCUAGAAAGCCUUGCAGAAAUGUGAAGUUCCACCUUCUCCGACAGCAAGGACUUCUGAGGGGCAUCAGGGCCAAAUACUUGUUGUGUGUGCCCGCCUGUUUCUCCUGGGAUGGGGCAGACCUACAGCUGCUACGGAACUGCGUGGCUGUAAGUCCCAAAAGGAACUCUUCCUCCUCCUCUUUCCCUACCA